GAUCGCGGCCACUCGGGAUCUCUGCCUCCGGCCGGCCGCUAAUCUUCGGCAGGAAGAGGCGAACGGAGUGGACCGAAUCGGCAGAUGUUUGGCGGGCGACCUCAUCCUCUCCGUGCGAUAUAAUGCUUUUGAUGCCACGUAAGUGGAGAGUGUGACCGGACCAAGAUGCUUUCCGAAGAGCAAAGAAUUAUUUCCACACUCUGCAUGCACAUUGUUGAAUGAAGUAAUUGGCCAUGUGAUUAUGCAGAUAUCUCAGCAUGAAGCUGAUGGACCUAUUCGUAGCUCGUUCUCUCUCCACGUAUUUUCUGCUGCAAGGUUUUGUGCUCUUGACAUUGUGCUUCCACUCCACCAGCAUGUGUCCCAAAGGCUGCCUGUGUUCUCACGCCAGCAGUUUAAAUGUAAGCUGUAGCAACGCAAACCUUAAAGAGAUCCCCAAGGACCUUCCCCCAGACACCGCCUUACUGUACUUGGACUCGAAUCAAAUAAGGUCUGUUCCCAAUGAGAUUUUCAAAGACCUGCACCAUCUCAAAGUACUGAAUUUGUCCAAAAAUGCUAUCGAAUCCAUAGAGGAGCGGGCAUUCAAAGGGGUGGCUGACACUUUGCAGACGCUUGAUCUUUCAAACAACAAAAUCAAAAGCGUGCACAAAGACACCUUCAGCAAGCUCAAGGGCAGGGCCCAGAUUUCUGACAACCCGUGGCAUUGCGACUGCACCCUCCAGCAGGUACUUCGCGACAUGCCCUCCAAGCACGAAACGGCCAACAACAUCAUCUGUGAGACUGCCGUCCUAGAGCAGCACACUGGCAAACCCUUCCUCAGUGCUGCCAAUGAGGCUGACCUCUGUAACCUAUCCAAAAAGACGACUGACGUAGCGAUGCUGGUCACCAUGUUCGGCUGGUUCACCAUGGUGAUUUCAUAUGUGGUGUAUUACGUACGUCAGAACCAAGAAGAUGCAAGGAGGCACCUUGAAUAUUUAAAGUCACUCCCAAGCAAGCAGAAGAAGCCAGAGGAAUCAGAUGAUAUUAGUACUGUGCUAUAA